AUGAGCAUGAGAAACUACACAUCUGUGACUGAGUUCAUCCUCCUGGGAAUUCCUAACACUCAAGGGCUAGAGGACAUGAUCUUUGCUGUGUUCCUGACUUUCUAUACCUUCUCCUUGCUGGGCAACCUGCUCAUUUUCUUCACCAUUUUGACUUCCUCCAACCUCCACACCCCCAUGUAUUUCUUCCUGGGAAACCUGUCUGUGUUUGAUAUGCUUUUCCCUUCUGUGAAUUCCCCCAAGAUGAUGGUCUUCCUGGUGGGGCAAAGCCGCACCAUCUCUUACCAGGGCUGCGCCUCUCAGGUUUUCUUCUACCACACUUUGGGUGGCACCGAGUGUUUCCUCUACACUGUGAUGGCCUAUGACCGCUUUGUGGCCAUUUGUCGUCCUAUGCGAUACAUGAUCAUCAUGAACCCCAGAGUGUUUACUGGCCUGAUUGUGGGCACAUGGUUGGGAGGCUGUCUCCAUGGGAGUGUCCUCACCUUCCUCACCUUCAGGUUACCCUAUUGUGGCCCCAACAAAGUACAUAGCUUUUUUUGUGAUAUUCCAAUGGUUUUACCCCUGGCCUGUGCAGACACCUCUCUAGCACAGAUGGUGAGUUUCACCAACGUGGGUAUUGUUGCACUCUUGUGUUUUUGCCUUAUCCUCACUUCAUAUACUCGCAUUAUUUUCUCCAUAUUGAAAAUCCACUCCUCAGAAGGCAGACGCAGAGCCUUCUCCACCUGCAGUGCCCACCUGACCUCCAUCCUCUUGGCCUAUGGGCCUGUGAUUCUCGUCUAUCUCAAGCCUGCUUCCAGCCUCUGGCUAGAUGCUGCUGUUCAGGUAUUAAACAAUGUCAUCACUCCUUCCCUCAAUCCUUUGAUUUACUCCUUAAGAAACAAGGAUGUGAAAUUGGCCCUGCACAAGGUGUUAGUACAAGUGACCCACCCUUCUAGAGCAUAA